AUAAUUAAUCGCUGCAAUAUAAGAGCUCUUCUGCAUUGCAACUCUGUCAACAAAUCAACACUGCAGUCUAGUCAAGGUGUGAGUUGCAUAGUUGUAGCAAGAUGUCCAGCUUCUUGGCGAUGUGUCCUGCUCCCUUCCAGAAACCAAAGAAAAGCAAAAGUAAGGUCUCCAGCUCCAGUAAGAGGCGAGGUGGUCAGUCCAGCAGUCACCGUCCCCCUCCCCUGCCCACCAUAGUGGACCAGCUACCACUAGGCCCAGUCCCAAGACACCCACAACAUGACCAGAGUCAGCGCAGGGCCUGCUGCUGUGAGGCUGGAGAGUGUCUCCAGAGUGCCACCAGCAGCUCAGCAGCCAGUACAUCCACUCACACCUCUGGCUAUCAGACUGAUGAUGGGACCUUUGAGGGAAAGCUACUAGGCAGAGCAUCACAAGCCCGACCAGCCAAUCUAAGAAUGACUGCAAUACGUGACUAUACGCCCUGCUGUCACGAGGAGCUGGCUGUGAGGAAAGGACAGAGAGUGAAAGUGCUCUAUAAGAACAAUGAUUGGGUGUAUGCUCUCACCAAGAGUGGGGAGGCUGGCUACAUUCCAUACUCGUUUGUUCGACCAUCACGCAAGUAUGCAGGCUAUCAAUCAGAGCCAGAAUACUGUCAAGAUACCGACGCCACGUAUGCUUCAGGUUAUGACACUGAUAUGCCUGUAAGUCGAGGUAGGGUCACCCGAACACAGAUAGGAGAUGUGCCCAUGUACAGUGUACACACAGCCUUCUCUGGAGGUAGCCCUGAAUCCAGGAGGGUACCUAUGCAGGGUCGCAAAUACACGAGUGGCUACUCAUCAGCUGUGGAGACUACCACUCCACCGUCAGUGUACAGGGCCUUAAGACCUGCCAAAUCAGUGCACAAUAUUCUAGACUCUUCAUCUCCUGGUUCCAGUCGACGUCCUGCUGAACCCAAGCCUGUGAGCUAUGAGCGGUUAUUCCUAGAGGAGUUGGUUGUUAUCCAUGACUUUGAAGCCAAGGAAGAAGAUGAAGUGUUUGCUGGGAAAGGAGAGAGAGUGCGUGUACUGAAUGCGGAUGACCCCUUCUGGCUGUGGAUUGAGACCACUCCAGGAGACCAGGGCUUUGUACCACGAUCCUGCUGCUCUCUAGGAAACCAUGAGUUGCUCCACAGCCAUGCCUCCAGGAGACAGUCUGCCUCUGCUAGAACACCUCAAACAACAAGACAUGCUCGCAAGUACUACUACGAACGAUCACGGGCACAGACUGCAGCCAAACAAGCGCGAUCCACUGCUAAACAGAGGUUCCAUGAGCUGGCACGACUACGCAACACUCCCCAGAACCCAGUCCUCAUGCCCAAGGAGGAGAUACAGAGAAUGGGCUCUAAACUCAUAGUUCUUAUGGACUAUACUGCCACUCAAGAUAACGAACUAUCUGUACAGUUUGCAGAGACUAUAUUUGCUGAUGUAUUGAAACAGAGUGGAGCAGAGAGGAUAUGGGCUUAUUGUCCUCGUGAUGAUCGCUGUGGCUACGUCCCUGUGUCCCUCGUUGUCCCUCCUGUAGUCUAGUGAACACUAACCAUGCAGCAAUCAUCACUCUUACACUGACUGUGCAUUUAUUCAUUGUUAACUAUUUCUCUCUGUAUCAAAGUCUUUGGUAUGUCUGUCUUGGAUGCAACUAUAAUUAGCAAUUAUUUAUCUA